CAAAGUACAUGGGGUGUUGUAGACAUAUGUGCUGCAUCACAAGCACAGCUAAAUUGUGCGAAAGAUAUGGCAGAAAAGAUAGAUGAAGAAGAAGAAAUACAUCUAGAUUCAUCUUCAUUACAUCCUUCAUUUGAAUCCAUUUUAUUAGACAAGAAAUCUGUACUUAAGCAAGAUGAUGUACAAGUACGACCUCUACCCGAUCCACUUGUAUGCACCGCUCGAGAAUAUUGCGAGCACCAUGUAUUUCCCACUCUUCUUCCGGCUAUGCAAGAAAUGUUGAUAGAAGCGAAGGAAAAUAAAGUAUUUGAGAAAAGACGAACAAAGUUUAAUGCUUGUGAUUAUUUGACCAACUACUUAUACAGUCAUAAUCCAAAAUUCAGCAAUCGAGAUGGAGUGAAAUUGGAAGAUAUACCUUUUGUCCAGAAAAUCUUGGCUGAAAAUCCACGACCUCCUAUUCCGUCCUCCCUUUUACUUUCUGAUGAUGAAGCAGCUACAAUAAUUCAAGCUCAUUAUAAAGGAUACAAAGCUCGAAAGCAUCCGGAGGUGCAAGAAUUACGACAAUAUCAAAAAGAAAUGAGAGAGGAGGAUUGUGAAAUUAACUUUAAAGUGGCAGAUUUGUGGAAAAAGUAUUCAAUGGAAGAUGUUCAAUAAUAUGUCAGCACCAAAAAACUUGUUAUGUAACAUUUUGUAAUAUACAAGUUGAUAAUGCGUUUUUGACGUUUUAAAUACUUUGAAUGUUUAUGUUUGUUGGGCUGUAUUAAAUAAUGAUCUAUUAAAACUAGAAAUUUUCAUAAAGCUGCUCUUAUUCAUAGUCAUAGUGUAAAAUUGAUGGUAUCAAUGACUUGAAUGACUUUGAUUCCUUAGAACAGGAAAAUAUAUCUACAUGUACCAUUUUGUACCUUAUCAAAAAUACAUCAAAUGUACAUCAUUUCAACAUCCUUUGCA